AUGCGGCGCGUAAUGGAACUGAAUCUGCAUACUCUACAACGCGCGCUUAAACACGAGGAUUACGUGCUGUUGGAGAUUUACGCGCCCUGGUGCCCGCACUGCAUAGCAUUCGCCAGCGAAUACGAAAAGGUAGCCUCCCUGCUUCCCGAUCUCCUUGUUGCCCGGAUGGAUGGAACACACAACCCCGCUCCGUCCAACAUUAAAUUACAAUAUUUCCCCACCUUCGCCAUUCUCUCCAAUAAAUUCGACCGUCCUGUGCUCUUCACGGGGAGCAGGUCAACCCACUCCCUCGUUAAAUUCGUCCAAGACACAAUCCGACUCCACGAUGCCGGACUCGACGAAAAUUAA